CUACUCCCGUCGUGCCGUCGUCGAAAACGACGGGGAGACUACCCUCUGUGCGCGACAAGUUCCAAGGAAAUCAAAGUCUCGAUUCAUGUAAAGCUGCAGGCGGUAUAAUCCUGAACAGUCGUGACGAGCAAAUAAUCGCGUGAUUAAUCUGUCGUUUCUAUAGGAAAUGACGGAGAAAUGUGUUAGAUAUGCUGCAGGAUAAAGCGACGGUGGUAUCGAGAGUUUCGUUCGAUUGCGUAGAUAUUCAACGGCCGUGACGUAUUGUUGUGCGCCCGUGUUUGGACGAAAAAAAAGAGAGGAAAAAGAGGAACGAGCAUAACGAAUAAAAGCGGAGAGGAGUAGCGGAGGCAUGUUGGAGAAGAUGAUAUCGAGACGAAGAACUGAUUGAAACGUGAGAAAAAAAUGACGACUAUCGAGGCUGUUAGUGAAAUGAGUGCGGUACGUCGGGCGGUAUGGUUCAGCGCCGUGUUAUUCGCAGCAACUCCCUUGGCCUAUACUCAAGUAACAUGGACGCCCAUCUACGUGGGUGGAUACAGUCAAGUUGAUCUCUGGACCCAAAGCACCACCGGCUGCGCCUGCACUUUCAAUGCAUCCAGCAACGAUUGCGCUUGUUGCGUACCAUCGGGUGGUUGCAGCUGUGGCGCAGCUUCACCCGAUAGAUGCGCUCAAUGCGGCCUGGAGCAGCAUUGCGCAAACAUGUGCAACAUAACGUUGGACAGCAGGCAGCUGUUCAGCAAAUCGGAUCGUGGCUUCGGGCAAAUAAAGUCUCCGUAUCUUCAAGGGCCCUCGAGGUGUACAUACAGAUUCGUGCCGGAUACUGGGCAGCGGGUCGAGCUGCAGAUAUAUCGACUGGUGUCCAUCGGUCGACACAACGGCACCGCGUGCGAGGGUGGCUGGCUUCAACUUGAGGGCAGUGCUCGCGUUUGCGGUCGGAACCAACGCUUCGACCGACCGGUCGUUCUCUUCUCGGACAAGCCAGUCGCGACUCUACAUAUGCAGAUAAACGAGAACACAACACGGUCCCAGUUCCUGGCCUACUUCAGCUUCUCGUCCAAAGCGAGCACGUCCGUCGGCUGGCCGGUGAGGGGCGGACAUCCGGUUAACAAUACGGAAUGCGACUCGGUGUACGAGGAUACGGACUGCCACGACGGAUGCGUUUUAGCCAGUCCCGGAUAUCCUGGGCUGUAUCCGCCAAACAUCCGCUGCCGGUACCUGAUCACUUCUGGCCCGCGAAUCUCCAUUGCCAUCAACUUCACGGCGGUGCUUCUUCCGUACAAUGCACAGUCCUGUCAGUCCACGAUCGAGAUAUUCGACGGUUCGCCGGAAAGCGGGACGCUGGAUAUUACCAACUCCUUGGUGAAGAUUUGCAGUCCAGCGCAGUGGCUCCCGCGGGAACUCGCGAGUCAGGAUAAGUACGUGGAGCCGAAGAGGUACUCAUCCAACGGUCGGGACAUGACGGUGGUUUUAACACGCGCCUCCAACAGCCCCACCGACGAGGAGUAUAUGGAGGUCUCGUACUACUUUCAUGACGAACGUGAGGGUGGCACUCAGCAGCCUGCCAGCGUGUGCGACGUCGAAUAUUACGGGUUGACGUCGCCGGUGGAAGGUUCGGUGGUGCAUCCGGAACCGCAUCGGCUGUUCGCCAUGGAAGGCCCGGUGAAGUGCAGGCAGCACUUUAUACCGGCGCCCAACCAAUCGGUGGUCAUUACCGUGAAGGGUAGCACGAAGCAAACGCCAAACAACCCGUGCGAGACCAAGUGCGGCGACAGCGGCUGCCACUGCGUCAGCAAGUCCCUGGAGAGCAUGGACCACCUCCUGCUCGUCUCCGAGACCGGACACAUUGUCACCUGUCUCUGUGGGAAUUACCAGGAUUGGCUUCCGGUAGGCAUUCGUAGCUGGACCCCGGUCUACAUUGAGUGGUCGAGGUCGUCGAGGGCGGGCCUCAAUUUCCACGCAGCCUACAAGUUUAUCAAUGACACUUACUGCGGCGAUCACACAACGGCCGAGCCGGAAGGCGAGGUCAAUGGCGGUGAUCUGGCGAGCGCCGGACUCAAGCUGAAUCAGUAUUACCAGCAGAAGUGUACCUGGAUUCUAGACUCACCGAUCGACCGGCAACUCGUCAUCGAAGUCAAGUCCACUCAGAGCCGACCGUGCACGGCGUGGAACCUGACGAUACACGAGUACAAGAAGAACGGUGACCCCGCCGGAAGCAGACUGUACACGUUCUGCUCGAGGGACACGCAUAAGAAUUUCACCCUGCCGUGGAAGAUGAAUACCGUAGUGGUUAGACUGCAGGCCCUUGGAAGAACAGCCCCGCAAUAUACGAUGAGAUGGCGAAGUCAAACAGUGAUCGCCAACACUCGCAAAAGCGGAUCAUCGCCAGCCCCGAACUGGCACGUAGUACGUUCCUCGAGUAAGGCUGAGCCGCGAGGAACGGCCCUCGUCCUCGUCCUCGUGUUCACGAUCUUACUCGCGCACCAAUUCAACUGUUGAGACUGUUAAGCUCGGAGAAGCUCGCGUUAAUGCACACACUGUUCCUGUUAAUCGAAAACCACGAAGCCCACGUUAUUGUCUCACGUGUACAUAAAUGGUAAGGACUCGCGCUGGUCCUCGUUUUACGUCGCUCGAUGUGAGACGUUUUAAGAAGAUGGCACAUCUCGGCACCCUCCCUCGAUCGGCAGUCGAAAUUUCGCGGACUGGCUCGUUAAU